AUGCCAUUCAGGAUUGGUAGAUCAUUCAGAACUGAUAUUCAAGCUAUCCAACUUAAGAUUACCACAAUUACCUUCACCUUCAUUUGAAAGUAUGUUUAUAUCUGGUGGCAAAUCAUUUUUAGCCAUACUAAAUGAUAGAGAACAAAAUAAAGCAGUUUUCAAAGCAAGUAAUUCAAACAGAAGUAAAGAAGUUAUAUUUGGAAAAAUUUUUAAAAAUAGUUGGGAGGAUUAUGAAUUCCAAUAA